GAGACCUCAAGGCCCGGAAGCGGCUGGAAGCCCGGGACCGCUGGCUUCCCGUCAUGGACGAAGCCGAUCGGCAGCUCCUCCGGCGGUGCCGCUUUCGCCUGGUGGGUGAGCUGCAGGUGGCCCCGCUGUGGGACGCUCUGCUGACUCGCGAGCUGUUCACGCCGGACAUGAUCGAGGACAUCCAGUGUGCAGGCUCGGGAUCUCGGCGGGAUCAGGCCAGGCAGCUGAUCACAGAUCUUGAGACCCGAGGAAGGAAGGCCCUUCCUUUGUUCAUCUCCUGUUUAGAGGAUACGGGCCAGGACACACUGGCUUCAUUGUUGCGCACAAAUAGGCAAGCAACAAAGGGGGAUCCAGAGGUCAUCAGACCUGUGGACUUGGAGCCUGUGGUGGUGGGACCACUGAUGCUCGGACCGAAGCAUCUGAGAGCGAAGAAGCCAGAAUCAUUUGAUCUGGCCUCAGGAAAUGUCACCCCGGUGGUGCUGGGGCCGGAGGAGUUUUGGCCAGCUCAGCUCAAGCCAGAGAUUCUCAGACCAGAAGUACCCGUGGACACUGGUUCUGGACGAUUUCGUGAUGUCUGUGCUCAGGACAGGCCAAAAGGAAAUACACACUUGGCCUACGUCUUGAAGGCAGACCCUUGCGGCCACUGCCUCAUCAUCAACAAUGUGAGCUUCUGCCAGACAUCGGGGCUCAGCAAGCGUACGGGCUCCAACGUCGACUGUGAGAAGAUGCGGCGCCGCUUCUGCCGGCUGCAUUUCCUGGUGGAGGUCAGGUGCAACCUGACCGCCAAGGAAAUGGUCCAGGCGUUGGCAGAGCUGGCGCAGCGGGAUCACCAUGCACUCGACUGCUGCGCGGUGAUCGUCCUCUCUCAUGGCUGUCAGGCCAGCCACCUCCAGUUCCCGGGCGCAGUCUAUGGCACAGACGGAUGUUCUGUGUCUGUGGAGAAAAUUGUUAACGUCCUCAACGGGACCAACUGCCCCAGCCUGGGAGGGAAGCCCAAGCUCUUUUUCAUCCAGGCCUGUGGUGGGGAGCAGAGGGACCAUGGGUUUGAGGUGGCCGGCAUGUCCCCCGAUGCCGACGAGGCUUCUGCCAGCAGCCAUGAGUCAGAUGCUGCCCCAUUCCAGGAAGACCCGGGGCCCAUGGACCAACCUGAUGCAGUGUCUAGUUUGCCCACACCCAGUGACAUCCUCGUGUCCUACUCUACCUUCCCUGGUUUCGUCUCCUGGAGGCACACCACGCGCGGCUCCUGGUACAUUGAGACCCUGGACAGCGUCCUGGAGCGGUGGGCUCCUUCUGAAGACCUGCUGACCCUGCUGCUCAGGGUUGCUAAUGCUGUGUCAGAGAGAGGGGUUUACAAGCAGAUUCCUGGUUGCUUCAAUUUCCUCCGGAAAAAACUUUUCUUUAAAACUGAAUGAAAUCAGGGCUGCCCGUCUGCUUCAUCAUUGGCCCCACAGCUUCCUGCUGCUGCAGGCCUGGAGGGAACUGAGGCCACUGUGACCUACAAGUCAAGGACUUUGGAUCCGGGCAACUCCCGUCCCUCAUCGUGCCAUACACUGCCCUCAGCUGCGCCUAGAGCAGAGAGCAGCGUCCAGGAGCAGAGGGGGAGGACCAGAGAGCUGUGGACACCACGCGGCGUCCGCCUCAGAGCUGCGGCCUCGCCUGUCAUCCUGUCCUCUCCAGAGCACUUCUCCUCAGCCCCCACAUUGCUGCCCUGUGGGCCAGAUAAACCUUGGUCCUGGGGUCAUCCUGGCCCUGAGGGAUGCUUUGUGCCAGCCCUGGCCUCCCGUCACCAAUGCCAACGGCAGCCCUCCCCGAGCUGUGCUGGCCACAACCAUUUUCAGAUGUUACCACCUGUGUCCUGGGUGACAGAGCUGUCCCCACUGGAGAAACAAGGCUCUACAUGGAGCUGGGGCCACAGAGAAACUAGUGUUUCUCAGGUCAACCAGCUUCGGCUACAGGAGUCUUAACAGCUGGGUCUGGAAUUCUCAAUGAGGUGUGAACAGUGGUUAAUGUUUUUAUAGAGUUAUUUAGUCUUAAAAAACAAAUCUUAGGUGAAUAUGGAUUCUUUUUGGCCUUCGUCCCUCAUCAUUUUGCUCCAGGUCCUCAUCUUCCCUCAUAAAAUAGACUUUUGCUAUUUUGAAAACAUUUCCCAGAGUCAGGUAUCUCAAAAGAACAUAAAAUUGUUAGAAUGACUAUGGCCGUGGUGGCAAUCCUAUGACAUGUGUGUUGUGUUUAAGACAAAAAAUGUUCAUGUAUGAGUUGUUUUUCCUAAACUCAAACUCCCAUUUCCAGGGUUGUGUGCAGUGCUGGCCCUUCGUGAUAAAUACUGGGUUUUGGUUGCAGUUGGACAUUCAUCUCUAAAAGGUUCGCCAUCACUGUCUCCAGUGUAGUGCAGAGGUAGGGCACUUACUGACACGUGUGGGGCCCCAGGUUUGGUCCCCAGAGCCACCAAGAAAUAUAAAAUAAACCACAACAGCCCCAUUUCCCAGGCCUAGUUUCGCUUGAUUGCGCCUUGAUCCAGGAGUGACUGAAGUGGGGCCCAUAAGCCCAGAGAGGGUGAGAUUCUUGUCCAGUGGAGCGCAGGUCCCCAGUGCAGAUAGCUAGCUGAUCUAGGCCCCCUGUCCCGUCCCCCAUCUCCCAUGUGUCCUCUUUGCUGAGGCACCCAGGAAUGCACAGCAUCCUGCACUUUCCCAUUCUCAGGAUCUGGAAGACUUUUGCUAAUAAGACUCUGACCAUAGUGAGAUUCAUGCUGUUGUCAUUUUAUUAUUCUUCCCCUCCUGCCACCUCCCGGGAUCUCACAGUCCCAGAGGCUCCUUUGGUCAGUUGUUUGCGAUCACCUGUGGACACACAGGAAGCAGGUGGUGACCCCAGCAGCAGAGCCGCCCUGGCGCUUGCCCACUCGGUCCCUGUGGGAGUGACAGGGCUUGUGCACAGCUCCUGCCUGCUGCCCUGAGUGUGUGUGGGAGAAGUGGAGGGUGCAGCUCUCCCUGAGCAGCUGAGUCUGACCGUAAAGAUAGCUCUUCACCUACAGUCCUGAUUGGACUUCAGGUCAGGGGCCCUGGGGACCCCUCCAAGGGACAGCGAGCUCUGUAUGGGUGGAUGUGGUUUUUACAUUUCAUUUGUUUCUCAAAUCAAGUUGCUCUUUCAGGGCACAGAUGCCUGUAAAGGAGUGUCUAUAACCUGCUUUUUAUUUUUCUUUAAUGUGGCACUGUGUAUUGAACCCAAUGUUUUUGCCUUGAGCUUUACCACUAGUCUGUUUUCAUUUUU